UCGUUUUAUGUCCCUAGGACCGCAAAACCGCGAUUCUAAUAUCGAUUCUCUCGGUUAAAUUGUGGUUUCCGGGCCCAGAGACAUGAAAUAUUGUUCCCCACACUGCGACAAAGCAAUUACAUCACGUGAUACAAUGAAAAAUAUGAGCCUCAUACCUCAUAAAGAGUAAAUUUCACGAGGAUCAAACGUUGCAAAAGACCAAAGUGACAAGUCAUCUCCAUUAUGAGAAAGUCAAUCUCAUUAUCUGUUGAGCUUUAUUGGAUUCUCCUCUUUAUUAUUUGGGGUCCCCGAAAAGCCCAGUUGAACUUAAAAAAGAAUUAAUUUUUCUCAGUGCAUGAUUUCGAUAUUAUGGCCUGUAAUGAGAAUGCGCCCUAAAGCUGCACGACAACGAGACCGCGGGAGACGCUACAGCCGCCAUUUUUAUCAUAGUGAUCGGUGUAAAGGUUGGUUUGGGUUUGGCACGCAUUUCCACGGCUAACCGUUCCCAAGACGAUCAAAAAAUACCUCCCAGGGGUUUUAUUUUGUGCACGAGUGCUGAGAUAUUAAUAAAAUUCACACAAAUGAAGAUGGUUGAUAAGAUUGAAAUGAGCCUGGACGAUAUUAUCAAACAAAAUAAGGGUGCAAGAACCCGUGGCAGUGCUGGAGGCAGAAGGGGACGUGGAAAUGCCACCGGUGCAUCACCCAGACGUGGAGCUAGGGGUCAGAGGGCUGGUGGUGGAGUCAUGAGGGGACGUAAUCGUGGAGGCAUAUCCAGAACAUCGGCACCGUACACUAGGGGUGAUGUAAACAGUGCCUGGAAACAUGACAUGUUCGAUGGCGUCAAGAAGGUCGGCCGUGGUGCCAUUGGUGGCACAGGAACAACAAAACUUCUCGUUUCUAAUCUCGACUUUGGGGUCUCUGACUCUGAUAUCCAGGAACUGUUCAGUGAAUUUGGACCACUCAAGUCAGCAGCUGUACAUUACGACAGAUCUGGAAGAUCUCUUGGAUCAGCGGAUGUUAUUUUUGAACGCAGGGCAGAUGCCAUCAAGGCUAUGAAACAGUACAAUGGAGUACCUCUUGAUGGUCGUGAGAUGAAUAUUCAGGUGGCAACAUCUGAACUGCCAGUGACUACAUCAGUGAGGAAUCCAGCAAGACUCGCUGCUGGCAACUUCAAUCAGAGGUCUCCAACGAGAUUCAGGGGAGCACGUGGUGCUGGCGCUGGUCCUAGAGGAAACACCCAAAAACCUAAAAUUGGGGUUAAAGGUCGUGGCGCAGGAAGACGAGGGGGUGGACGUGGUGGAGGUGCCAGACAGCCAACCAAGACCCCAACAGCUGAGGAACUAGACGCCGAGCUCGAAGCAUACGUGAAGGAAGUCAAGUAACCACGAUCAACCCACGAAGAUAAUAAUCCUAACAGAAUAAUAAUUAUUGACUUAAUAUCCACGAAUAAGCAAUGUUCUUUACCAACAAUUUUCUAACCGAAAUAUGAAACACUUCGUUCAUUAUUUUAUCAACAAUUUUCUUUCUUUACAAACCGUUUUAUCAACUAGAAAAAAAAAUUCAUUGAUUUUUUCAUUUUUUACUUGAAAAGGAAAUAUUAUUCAGAGAGAAGUUCGUAGAGAGAUUGCUGUAGAAAAUACGAGAUUUAAUAAUUAAUAAUUGAAUUUAUUAAAAAUGAGAUGAACGAGUGACAGACAAUUUUUUUUUCUUCACUAAUUUUUUAUUUGUAACAUUCUGUGUGAAAAAUCAUUGAACAACUAGGAAGGAAGGAAUUUAUUUGACUGUAUGGAUAAUUUGUGACAAAGAGCGAUCGAAUGAAGAAAAAAAAUACAAAAAAAAACAUUUCAUCUCCAAAGGAAUUUUCUUCUUCGAAUGAA